UCGGUGAACGAAGCUCGACUGAUGCCAAACGAACACCGCCUUCCAACAACAAAGAGGACAUCGAUAGCAAUCCGUUACCUGCAAGUUGUCGACACAUCCAGGAGGCACACACAACCCCACUCGGUUGUGUAGGUCCGUGCGCCGACGCUUUCCGCUUAUCGGAAGCUAGAUCCAUGCCCAGGUGAUCUUGCCUCGCGCUCUUUUCUCCACCUUUCUCAUCUUAAGUCUCAUCGCUGUUCAGAUCGCCGCUAUCGAACGAACUCAUGCCCGCGGUGUGCAAACCCCAUUGAUCUGUUGACUAUGCAUGGACCCCUUCCACUCGCCGCUCCACGAUGGGUGAACCGAGGGCUCGACAGCGCAAAUUCGCGCCCCGCUCGCGUCAAGGCUGCUUGACGUGUCGAGCGCGCCGGAAGAGAUGCGAUGGCCAGCGCCCCCACUGCCAGAACUGCACCAGACUGAAUCUAUCAUGCGAAUACCAGGCUCCCCGUAGGAUCACCGCCGACGCUGCCAGUUCACAGGACAGCGAAAGCUCUCCGGACUCAUCUCUGACGGUUGGACCUCUGACACAGUCCCUCGACCCUUGGGAUACCCUCCCUGGAGAUGAAAUCGGAGAGAGGAAACACUUACUCCGUUACUAUGUUGAAGCAUUUGUUCCAAGUGUAUCUGUAGCUACUACUGCAACCGGAAGCUUCUACACCGGCCUGUACAUACCAUGGGCCUUUGAGUGCGAUGGUAUGCUCGACGCGAUACUUGCUCUUUCUUCAGCCCAACUUGCCCGAAGGAGUGCAAGUACAGAUCGUGCGCAGCACCUUCGCGCUGUCUCAGCAAGGCACCAGCGCAAAUGCCACGCCUUCCUAGCAGACCGCGUACCAGAAACUGGCGGUCCUCCACGAGAUGCCUACCAGGUCAUUGGCAUCAUUCUUCUACUUGUUGGUCUCGAAGCCUUGAACGGAGACAAGAGUACACGUUGGCUUUCCCAGAUGAAAUGCGUACGAGGCAUACUCCAGAUGCUGGGCGACCCAGGCGUCUCAUGGGAGCUACAUUCGCUCCGCAGGCAUUUCACCUACCACAACGCCAUGGCCUCCCUCAUGGCCCGAGUAUCCAAGAACGAGUCCCUCUUCGUCUACGAUGAUCUAACGCUAGCCUGUGAGCCCGACACCCCACUGGUUGUCGACCCCCUCAUGGGAAUCACCUACUACCUCUGCAGCCUGAUCUCGCGUAUUCAAUACGUGAGCUCGACCAAUCCGGCCUUCCCCCAGAUCUCCGAAGCCGCCUUCGCGGUGAUUGAGCGCGACAUACAGCAAUGGACGUACGGCUCUCCAAUAGGGCUACCCGGUCUCGACCUCCCGCAAGCCCUCGACCUCAUCGCACUCGCAGAAGCCUAUCGUCUCGCCGCGCUAAUCCAACUCUACCGUACGUCCGCCGCACACAAAGUCCUCAUAUCCUCGUGCGCCAGCCGCGCCAUGGAAUUCAUAUCCCGCAUCCCGCCAGGUAGUCCUGCAGAGUCCAGCCUCCUCUACCCGAUCUUCCUCGCGGGCGCUGAACUCGACAACGAACCAGAAAUAUCGAAGUGUUUCAAGAGACUGGCGGAGAUCCAGCAGAGAAACUGCUACGAGAACACGAGCAAUGUGCAGAAGGUGCUGGAGGAGGUUUGGAGGCCGGCGUUGAAUGGCGAGCAGAAGCGUGACUGGGAAGACGUGUUGCAAGAGUGGGGAUGGUCGUUCACGCUGGGUUGAUAUAUGAUGAGUAAAACCAAUCUAUCGAGGUCGGGAACCCUCUAGUAUGGCUCAUCAUGAUGGAGAGUCGGGCUCCACUGGUAUCUGGACCUAUGAUCCGCUUCGUCAGUCCAUGGGACGCGACCCCUAAAUGUGCCUCGUUUGCACCGCUCGCUCGCCAUGCGCGCAUGCGCCCAGCGUUACGCUUAACGCUUAAUGCCUGGGCUCCAUCACAUGGCGUCAUUCCCGCA